UUAAUUACCUCCAAUAAUUCAUCAAAGCCUUCCACUUCCUGCCCGAACAGUUCAGUUCAGGAAGAAGAAAUAAUGGCGACGCUUCUGGGGUCCGGGUCCCCUUGUACUGGAGGAAAACGAAGACAUUGCACCAGCAAUAUCAUUAAGAAGUUCACGGCCAGUAAAAUUACUGGCCAGGGUUUCAGUCGAGGGACGCAGCUCCCAGGAGGCCUGCUCCAAGAGCGAGAGAAACGGGCCAAGUGGCAUGGCAUCCCUACUCUGCUGCAGAAGCUCUACGAGAGCAGCCAUCCCAACAGUGACCUCUCACAUGCCCACAACUUUCUUAAGGUAUUAUCAUCCCAGCUCUCCAUGGAGGCCAUGUCUUUUGUUACGGAGGAACGGAAGACCGCUCAGGAAUCCACCUUCCCCAACACAUACACCUUUGACCUCUUUGGUGGAGUCAAUCUGCUUGUGGAGAUCUUAAUGAGACCCACAUUAACUAUGCAGAAGAAAAACCCGAAAACAGUGAAUGAUGACUUGGUCAAGGACUGCCUUAGUAUUCUCUACAACUGUUGUAUAUGUACAGAGGGGGUCACAAAGAGCCUGGCAGCGAGGGAUGACUUUGUUCUGUUCCUUUUCACCCUGAUGACAAACAAGAAGACCUUCCUACAGACUGCUACCCUAAUUGAAGAUAUUCUUGGAGUCAAAAAGGAGAUGAUCCAGUUAGAGGGCAUUCCUAAUCUGUCAGGUCUGGUCCAAAGCUUUGACCAACAGCAGCUUGCCAACUUCUGUCGCAUCUUAUCUGUCACCAUCUCAGAACCUGAUGUAGGAAACGACGACAAGCACACACUGUUGGCCAAAAAUGCCCAGCAGAAGCGCAAUGCUAGCCCCUCACGGGCAGAGGUCAACCAGGUAACCCUGCUGAACAUCCCUGGCUUCAUUGAGCGGCUGUGUAAGCUGGCCACUAGAAAGGUGUCUGAAGCCACUGGAGCGAAUUUCCUGCAGGAGCUGGAGGACUGGUACACAUGGCUGGACAAUGCUCUGGUGCUGGACGCCCUCAUGCAGAUGGCAACUGAGGAGGCUGAACAAAGCAGUACAGAGUCAUCAGAUGAGAGUUCCCUGGCCACCAGCCCACUGAGACACAGACUACCCCAGUCCAUGAAGAUUGUCCAUGAGAUAAUGUAUAAAGUGGAAGUGCUCUAUGUGCUAUGUGUCCUUCUUAUGGGCCGACAGAGGAACCAGGUCCACAAGAUGCUGGCUGAGUUCCGUCUCAUCCCGGGUCUCAAUAACCUGUUUGACAAGCUCAUCUGGAGGAAAUACACUGCUUCAAAUCAUGUGGUGCAUGGCCAGAAUGAGAACUGCGACUGUAGUCCGGAAAUAUCAUUCAAAAUCCAGUUCUUGCGGCUACUUCAGAGUUUCAGUGAUCAUCAUGAGAACAAAUACCUCCUGUUGAACAGCCAGGAGCUAAAUGAACUGAGUGCCAUAUCCAUGAAGGCGAACAUCCCGGAGGUGGAGGCUCUGGUCAACACAGACAGAAGCCUAGUGUGUGAUGGGAAGAAGGGCCUCCUCACGCGCAUCCUCACCGUCAUGAAGAGGGAGCCUCCAGACUCGUCCUUCAGGUUCUGGCAGGCGAGGGCAGUGGAAAGUUUUCUCAGAGGAGCCACUUCCUAUGCAGACCAAAUGUUCCUCCUGAAGAGGGGACUGCUAGAGCACAUCCUGUUCUGCAUCAUAGACAGUGGGUGUACGUCUCGAGAUGUCCUACAGAGCUACUUUGAUCUGCUUGGAGAGCUCAUGAAGUUCAACAUUGAUGCCUUCAAAAGAUUCAACAAAUAUGUUAACACUCCCGAGAAGUUUCAGACCUUCCUGACGCAGAUCAACAGUUCUCUGGUGGACUCGAACAUGCUGGUGCGCUGCAUUGUCCUUUCAUUGGACCGCUUUGAGAGCCAGACUGAAGAUGUCAAAGUGGUGGAGGUACUUUCUGAGUGCUGCCUGCUGUCCUACAUGGCCAGAGUUGAGAACAGGCUGUCCUUCCUUUUCCGACUGAUCAACAUCAUCAACGUACAGACACUCACACAGGAGAAUGUGAGCUGUUUAAACACCAGUUUGGUGAUCUUGAUGCUGGCCAGAAGAAAGGCUAAACUGCCCUUCUACCUCAACGCCUUGCGGGAGAAGGAGUAUGCUGAGAAGUACCCGGGCUGCCUACUCAACAACUUCCACAACCUACUGCGCUUCUGGCAGCGCCACUACCUCAACAAGGACAAAGACAGCACCUGUCUGGAGAACAGCUCCUGUAUCCCCUUCAGCUACUGGAAGGAGACGGUGUCAGUGCUGCUGGGCUCAGACAGGACUUCUCUGUGCGCCAUAGCGAGCUACAUUGAUGAGCCCUUCAUGGAUCUGGACAGAGACCUGCUGGAAGAUUGACCUCCAGUGUGUGCACUCAGUGCGCUGGGGGUGGGACAGGGCAGAGGGUCACAGGGAGCAUGGACACCUAAAGCUGGUGAUGACUCCACUGAGCUGAGCCUUCCGGUUGCUUUGUGACUGCAUUCUGGAUGUAAAGACUCGCCUGUUUGCUGUCUGUACCUUCGCAUGGAGGCCGUGAUCACAGAUGUGAGGGGACCUAAUUUGCCUGGCUGUCACCUCCUCGCUAAGUUACCGUCCUCUUCUUCAAAGGAAGUAGGUGGAAACCUGUAUGCCCACCCCAGAUCGGCCACAUCGUUUAACAGACAAUAAAGGGACCUUGCAAAAUGUCACCUGCAUUGGUUGUUUGCUUUAGGUGACAUUCAAAUAGAUCCUUUUAUAUAACCUACACAAAAUUCUAUGAAAAAAGAUGUAUGAUUCAACAAAUUAUAUGUAAGAAAUAUUCUUUUCACAUGAAACCUGGUUUGGAAACGGCCACAGAUCAAACAGUCAGACACCCAGAUGUGCAGGUUGAUGGUGCGUCACAGGACGGGCAGGAGUCACCGGCCUCACUCUCCACUACCUACCCGCUUUCUGACUUCAUGCCACUCCACUGCCUGACCUGUGGGGGAAACUGGUGAUAUUAGACUUUUUGCAAGUGUCUUCUCAAUGAACAGCAUUUUCAUUUAACCUGUGUUAUUAGGUGGUUAUAUUUGAUUGGUGCUUUCUGGCUCUACUCAGCACAUUUAGGUAGCUUGUGGGCCAGCUGACAUGUUUCACAAAUCACACGGGGCUCAUCACCUACAACCAAUCCACUCUUGUGGCUUCAGAAGCGUCACCCAGGGACUCGUGUCUUUACCAGGUUAUUUUUGUUGAUUUACUUUUGUCUUGUUGAAAACAAUGCUUUUAGCUCUGGAUAAACUGUAGAAUAAAACAUUGCACAGAUUAAAUUGUUUUUAUUGUUAUAUUUGAACUCAUUUGUUGAUUUUAAAAAUGUCUUUUGUUUUGUAACUGAAUUUGUAUCUGUGUUGUGAGAGAUGCUUGGGGAAGAGAAUAAACUAUGCAGGCGCUAGAAUUAA